CUCAAAAUACGAUAAUUCAACAUUUCCCUUCUGGCAAUGCUAAACGUUUUUGCGACAGUUCUGCUCACGUUACGGUUAUUUUUGCGAUAGCCGCGGUGUUUACGGUCCAUGUGAGUUCGGGCAACGCUGAACGUUUUGCGACAGUUCUGCUCACGUUACGGUUAUUUUUGCGAUAGCGGCGGUGUUUACGGUCCAUGUGCGUAGAGUUCGCUCCGUCUUCAGCAUGGUGAAAGUUUCAAAGAAGAAAGGGAGCAAAAGACGAUCCAAACACGGCUCGGAUGAGCCGGAGGUCAGCAGCGUGGAGCCGCCGGUAGUGUAUGAUGAUGAUGAUGAUGAUGAAGACGCUGAUUUAAAUGCAGCAGGUGAUGAAGAUUUGAGCAGCGAGGAGGAGGAAAAUGAACGGAAGCACCAGAAGCUCUUGGAGGCCAUCAGCGCCCUCGGAGGGGAGAAGAAGCAGCUGGGAGAGAGGUCCGAGGCGGCCACGUGCAUGUCUGAGUUCACGAUGCGCGCGGAGGGGGAGGCGGACAAGGUCCAGCUGUCGGACCUGAUCGGAACCACCCCCGCCGUCUCGACCCACGUCAGGAAGCAGCUGAAGGACCUGGAGCGGAGUAAAAAGACGGUGGAGUGUCCGGUGAGCAAACAGGAGACCCAGAGGAUCCAGCGGGACCUGGCCUUCCAGAAGGCAGCGUCCGAGGUGAGCCGCUGGAGGAGCAUCAUCACCCAGAACCAGAGGGCCGAACAGCUGGUCUUCCCCCUCAACCCGGAACCGUCUGGACGCAGACCCAUGGAGAGAGUAGUGAUGGGCUGGAAGGCUCAGACCCCGCUGGAGCAGGAGGUCUUUGCCCUCCUGUCCGCCAACAAGCAGCCCAUCAACGACCCCGUGCUGACCCCUGCAGAGGAGGCCUCGCUGAAGGCCAUGAGCCUGGAGGAGGCCAAGGCCCGCCGUGCGGAGCUGCAGAAAGCACGGGCCCUGCAGUCCUACUACGAGUCCAAGACCCGCCGAGAGAGGAAGAUCAAGAGCAAGAAGUACCACCGGGUCCAGAACAAGUCCAAGCAAAAAGACCUCCUGAAGAGCUUCGAGGAGAUGGUGAAGGUGGACCCGCAGGGGGCCCUGGAGGAGCUCAAAAAGCUGGAGCUGUCCCGCAUGCAGGAAAGGAUGUCCCUGAAGCACCAGAACAGGGGCAAGUGGGCCAAAUCCAGAGCCAUCAUGGCCAAGUACGACCUGGAGGCCCGCAGGUCCAUGCAGCAGCAGCUGGAGGUGAACAAAGAACUCACCCAGAAACUGGUGGCUCCUCUGGAGAGCGAGGAGGAGGAGCGGGCUGAAGAUGCAGACAUGCUGCCUGACUGUGUGAACGUCACAGAGCUCCAGAGGGAUUUCUCCAACCCCUGGAUGAGAGGGCAGCUGUCCCAGGAGUCCACGGAGAGGAAGAUAAGCAGCACGGAGAGUGUGACCGUGGAGGCAGCUGAGGAGGAGGAGGAGGAGGAGGAGGAACCAAAGGAGGAAGAGCUCCUCAGAGAGCUGGACAGUAGGAGGAAACAGCGCCAGACUGAGGAGUCCAACACAGUCAUCCUCAUUGAUGAUGAGGAGGAGGAGGAGGAAGAUGUGACAAAAAAACAAACUCCAGAGAAACAAGCAGAGGCUCCCGAUGAAGAGGAGGAAGUGAUGAAGGACCAAACACUGGAAGAAGAAGCCGUUUCUUCUGAUGAGGAGGAGGCGGGGCUUUCAGAGUUCACCCGGAUCUUCAGGGGGCUGACUGGAGGUCUGACUGCAGGUGAUGCAGACAUCAGGGGUCCCUCAGCUCAGCUGGAGGAGGGUCUGAUCAGGUUCAGGUCUGUGGAGGACACCGAAGAUCUGCCGCAGGAGGAGCUCGUGGCGCCCCCACCGGCCCCCCCCUCAGAACCAGCCCUGUCCUCAGAGUGCCAGGUGGUCCCGAGCAGGAAACGGAAGAAAGGAAUCGAGCUGACAGAGGUCCUGACCAAAGACACGACGGCUGUAAGAGUCCCCCUGGCUCCCACCAUCACAGACUCUGAGGACCAGCUGGACCAGAGGGGGCUCAUCAAGGAGGCCUUCGCCGGCGAUGAUGUCAUCUCUGACUUCAUCCGAGAAAAAAGGAAACAGGAGGAGGCGGGAAAGCCCAAAGCCGUGGACCUGACCCUUCCCGGCUGGGGGGAGUGGGGAGGACUUGGUCUCCGACCCUCAAAAAGGAAACGCAGGAGAUUCAGGACGAAGGCGGCGCCGGCCCCUCCCAGAGCCGACCGGCACCUUCCCAGCGUCAUCAUUUCUGAGAAGAGGAACAGCUCCGUCAGCCUCCACCAGGUCAGCUCGCUGCCGUUCCCCUUCGAGAACCACGCCCAGUUCGAGAGCUGCAUCCGCGCCCCGCUGGGCCGCACCUGGAACACGGAGCGCACCGUGAAGAAGGUCACCAAGCCCCGGGUGCUCACCAGACUGGGAACCAUCAUCGAACCCAUGGACCAGGAGGAGCUGCUGAAGGACCAAAAGAAGAGCUGCUCGGUCGGCUCCAAAAAAACCCAAAAGUAACCUGAAAAGUGACGAGUUUUCAGUUAAUCUGCUUCUUUGUGGUCACACACACACCGGAUUAAAUAGUUUAAAUCAAACACCUUUUUUUUUCUUGUAAAUCAGAGUCAAUAAAUUAGGAGGUUUUUUUCCUGCUAAGUCAAAUGUGACAGAACAUUGUAAAUAAUGUGCACAAUUUCAUGAAAUGCAACAACGUUAAUGCUAUAUUUUGAGAUCUGUUUGAGCUUGAAGUGUGUGUUGCAGGCAUGAUGUCAGCAGUUAAGGCUCGAACUUUAAGGAAAAAUAUUGUGCGAUGUAUCGAGCUGGAAGUGUGUGUUUGAGAUGAUGCUAAACUACUAACCCACCAAAAUCUUAGGUUAAUAUUUGUGAAAUUGGCAGAGUUAAAGCCCAUCUUUGGGUUUUGCUAAUGUCAACGAUUAUUUCCUAAUUGUUUCAUUAAAGAAGGUUCAGUGGUUUGUUUGGUAUUUUGCUAACAAACAGGCAGAAAUGUGUGGUAAUUAGAAAAAGCUUAAAUGGUUUAAGAAACCCAUCCAGUUGAAACAUCCAGUUGUCUGUAAUGUAAUGUUACCAAUGUUUUUUGGGGCGGGGUAUCACCUGAAAUAAAAAAUAAAGUUAUUUAAUGUUACAUGUGUUUAUGCAGCUUUACACUAACUAAUAAACGGACCUGUUUUAAUUGGC